AUGUCAAGGCCUCAACAGGUUGCGCGGCCCAUAGUGCGGUCGCUACGGCAAGCAACGGGCAGCACGGCAACAUGUCACCCGCCGCCAAUUGCCCUCCGCCAGUUCUCAUCGACGUCGGUCCGGAAAGAUGAGACGGCAACGACGACAACGCCGAUAGAGCCUGGCUCCGAGGCCCAGAAACUUGCCGCCGAUGCCGCACUCCUUGGCCAGCAGAAGCCUACACGCGGCCCCUCGACAGUCAAGACGGGCCCCGAGGAAGAGCUUGCCAAGUUCCUCUCACCGCAGCUCGGCUCGCGAAGAAGACGAGCUGCCCUAGCCACCACAGGCGACGUGCCUUUUGAGCUGAUGCCCUACCAAUGCUUCCAAGAGGCCCGCAAGAUCCUGGCCCAGGACCGCGAGGAGAAGAUGGCCAAGAUCGUCGCCGAAACCGAGAAGAUCAAGCGGCUGGAAGCGACCGACGCAAGCAUAUACCGCGGCGGCGAAGCAUACAAACAGAGGCGCAUCGCAAGCCUGCGCUCAUAUAUUGAGAAGCUCAAGAUCCUGGCCGACAUCAACGAUCCGCUUGUCAAGCGGCGCUUUGAGGACGGGAUGGGCGACAUGAACAAGCCCAUCUACCGGUACCUCGCCCACCGCAAAUGGUGCUCCAUGGACCGCAAGAUCAUACUGCAGCGCAUCAACCAGUUCCACAUCGUACCCGACCUCCUGCCCAAAUUCGAGCCCACCAUCGACGUCAAAAUGUCCUUCCGCGGCUACAAGUGCGCCCCGGGCACCAUCCUCAACAGCCGCAUCACCGAGACGCCCCCCACCCUCCGCAUGCAGGUCUUCGACAAGAGCGAGCGCCUGUACACGGUCGUCGUCAUGGACUCGGACGUGCCCGACCCGGAGACCGACUCGUUCAAGAAGCGCCUUCACUUCAUGGCGGCCAACGUCCCUUGGUCGCCGACCAGGACCGCGCUGCAGCUCCACCAGCUGACGCCCGAGGGCGUCCCCUCCACCCAUCCGGCUUCCGAGGAGCUCGGCGCCCUGGCCGUGCCGUGGCUGCCUGCCUUCGCGCAAAAGGGCUCGCCGUACCACCGCCUCAGCGUCUUCGUGCUGGAACAGGACGGCGACGCGCCGCUCGACACGGCCAAGCUCAAGAGGCUCUACGACGGGCCCGGGCGCGAAGGGUUCAGCCUCAAGAGCUUCCGUGACAAGUUCGGCCUUACCCCCGUGGGCUUCACCCUCUUCCGGACCGUGUGGGACGAGAACACGGCCGACGUCAUGGCCCGCCACGGCAUCCCCGGCGCCGACAUUGAGUUCAGGCCCCAGCGUGUCCACUCGCUCAAGCCCCCGCGCGCGCCCCGCGGCUGGGAGGCCAAGCGGCAAAAGCCGAAGUACCGCAGCCUGUGGAAGUACACCAAGCGCAUCAGGGGUUCCAAGUACACACGGUAG